UUGGCAAUCCCCCAAUCACGUGACCCAAUAUCACGAUCAGUCACGCGCUUUUCCUCGAGCGGUCAUGUGAUCCGGAAGCAAAACGCGAAGACGAAGAUGGCGGCGGUGGCGCUGUUGUACUUCUUGUUAGCGAGUACAGCGGCGGCGGCACCGGCCGACGACGAAGUUGUCAACCUUCCCGGGCUUCCCAAGCAGCCCAGCUUCCGGCACUUCUCAGGAUACUUGAACGUGGCGGACGGGAAGCAUUUGCACUACUGGUUCGCGGAGUCUCAGAAUUCUCCGGCGUCCGACCCGGUCGUGCUGUGGCUCAACGGCGGUCCCGGGUGCAGCUCGCUGGACGGCCUGCUGACGGAGCACGGACCCUUCCUGGUGGAGGAUGACGGCGCCUCCCUGAGAGAAAACCCGCACUCCUGGAACAAGAUCGCCAACAUGUUGUACCUGGAGUCUCCACCAGGGGUGGGCUUCUCCUACUCUGAUGACGGCGACUACGCCACCAACGACACAGAGGUGUCCAUGCUCAACUACUUGGCGCUGAAGGAGUUCUUCCGUCUUUUCCCCGAGCUGAGCGCCAACCCGCUUUUCCUCACGGGAGAAAGCUACGGCGGCAUUUACAUUCCCACGCUGGCCGAGAGGGUGAUGGAGGACGACACCCUCAAUCUUCAGGGCAUGGCAGUUGGCAACGGGAUGUCCAGCUACGAGCUGAACGACAACUCGCUGGUGUACUUUGCGUACUACCACGGCCUGCUGGGAAGCCGCCUGUGGAGUCGCCUGCAGGCGUCGUGCUGCAGCCAAGGCAAAUGCGACUUCCACCAAAACCCCCACGCCAACUGCUCCGACGCCCUGGGCGAGGUUCAGGACAUCAUCUACGGCUCGGGGCUCAACAUGUACAACCUGUACGCGCCGUGUCCUGGCGGCGUCCCCCGUAGUAGGUUCAGUGUGGAGCAGGGCCAGCUGGUGGUGCGAUACCUGGGGAACGUCUUCAUCCAUCACGAGUGGACACAGAUGUGGAACAAGAAGCUGCUAGGUCUGGCAUCCGGCAAGACCCCAGUGCGCCUGGAGCCGCCCUGCACCAACUCCACGCCCGCCACCCGCUUCCUCAAUAACCCGCUAGUGCGACGCGUCCUACACAUAAGCGAUAAGGCGCUCGACUGGACCAUCUGCAGUGCCGAGGUGCACCUCAAGUAUGGCAAGCUGUAUCAGGACGUCAGAAAGCAGUACCUUAAACUUCUGGCUGCACUGAAAUACCGCGUGCUGGUGUACAACGGCGACGUGGACAUGGCUUGUAACUUCAUGGGGGACGAGUGGUUUGUGGAGUCUUUGAACCAGGAGGUGCAGGUGAGUCGGCGUCCGUGGCUGUACGAGGGCGAGGACGGGCGGCAGGUGGGCGGCUUCGUCAAAGAGUUUAGCAACUUGGCCUUCCUCACCGUCAAGGGUUCGGGUCACAUGGUGCCGACGGACAAACCCGCGGCGGCGUUCGCCGUCUUCUCCAGAUUCAUCAACAAGCAACCCUUCUGAGCAUCGGGCCACUUUUCCAUGUUAAUGAGCGCCACUUUUUGAUCAACUACUUGUUACUAUGGUGAUCACCUGAUCCGAUGACUUAUGUUGCACAUGCUGAUUGUUUCUUUUUAUUGUAUUGUUUUUAAAUAAGGGAAAGUGACAAAUAAAACCUUUAUCUUA